UACAACUACUAAAUUGUUAGUCAAGGCACACAUUCAUUGGUCGUAAUGCAAUCAUCACACUGAAGUUGUUAAAAGUUGAAAGUGAUACCGCGGAAUAUUCGACCCCGAAGUGCAUGCGUGGGCGCGAACUCUAAGUGGGAUAAAUUAAUAUCAACCUCUUGAUAACUCAAAUCCGAUCGAAUUGUUUUUGAUAUUGUCUGCACUGUCUCUGGCAGAGGGUAGAAAGUGUUCUUUCGGGUUCCUGUGAGAACCUUUGCUUUUGUGGGUCCUUCAGAGAGAAAUAUCUCAGUUCAAAAGAACAUCGAGCAGUUUACAGAUAGACAGAAGUCAUGAAUUGGAACUUUUUUAGUUUGUUGGGCUGGAUCUUCUUGCAGCUAAUUACUGAGAAUUCAUGUGUUAAAAAUGAGAUCCCAGCCUCAUUGCUGUAUGAACUAAAGGAUGUACACACAAUUGAUGAUCUCAUGAAGGUUAUAUACAUACAACCAAACCAAGCCAAGGAAUUUAUGGGGAGCUCACCGAUUGAUAGACGAAUACCACCGAAGAUGUUACCUAUCAUCCCUCGACAAUCUUCGGAAGAGUCCGAAGAGGACACUGCCCCAGCAUCCGUCACUUCAUACAAAGCACCGUCUGUGAUGGAAUUAAAUUUCCAGAGCAUGGAUGGUCCAGCGAGUCUGCAAAUGACAUCUAUUGCUGAAAUGCCGAGGUGUGAACCUCGACCAACAAUCCUCACCACAUCCGAUGUCAUAGAUGAAGGGAUAGUUGGAAACGAGGUUGAGUAUGCUAUCUACUGGCCUCCAUGUAUUACAAUUAACCGGUGUGGAGGUUGCUGCUCUACAGAAAUCUUGCAGUGUGUUGCUAAUAAUACGAGAACUAGAGAAAUGCAGGUUCUACGACUGACAGCCCAUCAACGAUCACCUCAAAUUCAAUUGAGCGGUCUUGUAUCAGUCUCUGUGCAAGAAGAUGAAUCGUGUUCCUGUGAAUGUAAGGUUAAACCUCGGGACUGUCAUCCAACUAGAGAGAUCUAUAGGAACUGCCAAUGUGAAUGUAAUGUGGAAUACGAGUGCCCGGACGGUAUGAUAUGGGAUGCUACACGAUGUGAUUGUAUCUGUAAUACUCCUAUUCACGAAAGGACUUGUAGAAGAAGAAAGCAUUAUUUUAACGAGGAUAGUUGUGGUUGCCAAUGUUUAGAACGACUGCAAAGGGGCUGCCAAUCUCCUUAUGUGUUUAACCCACAGACAUGCAAAUGCCAGUUCACAUCGAGAUCAAAAAGGCGACCAUUUUCACCCUCAUCGAACUUACCAUGAUCUACACAAUCAUCUAAGAACACUUCGUUUGGAAAUAAUUAUGGAUUUAGAUGAAAUAACAUAAUUAUCGUCACUUCUCGUGGAGGAAUUUAGAAGAAGUAUGGGUGUUCAUGAAAUAAAAUCGAAGGAAGAUUGAAUGCCCAACCCUGCAAGCUAUCCAGACCAGAAAUCACACAUCAUAAAAUCAAAUUUUCACUUUAAAAAGGCUCGCGGCUUUUUUAGAAAUGUUUACCGAUCCGAUGUGUUGUGUCCCUCAAUUUUUUUUGGUUUGCACGCUAUACAGUGCGUAUAAAAAAAAACGGGACAGAUUUGAAAAGUCUAAAAAAAAUUUGUUUCAAAUAAUGUUGUCUAUAUUUUGGUGUUAAUAGAUGCUCUAAGGUCUUAUCUUUGAAAUGCAAUUUAAAAAAAUAAAUUUCAUUCAUGCUUGAGCGAACACGGGACGUUUUUGUUGGGGGUUCAAAAAGAGGCUUGCGCCAGAAUUGCAGAAUAUGUGUAAUACAAUGAUCAGACUUCUUGCUAAUCAGGAGACUUCCUCUUGACCUUUUCAUUAUCUGUGCCACAAUUUUCGAAUUAUGCUGUCAAAUUUCAUUUACUAAGUUAUUUAUUUAAUUGAAUUAUUUUGUUUUUUCAUUUAAACUUCUCUUACCUUUUAAUUUUCCUUCAUAAGUAGCUGAGAAAAGAAGAUUUUUUUUUGUCAACCCAAGCAAGAAGAUUUGAAUUAUUAAUUGGGAAAACUUGUGAUUAUUCAAAUCGUUUUUUUAUGUGAAACAAAUUAUGUUAUGUACCUUUAAAAGACAUGAAUCUAUUUUUCAAUGGGUCAUUAAUUCCUUGACCAAGUUUAAUUGCUUGACAGGAAACACAGGAAGGGAUUCAUGUCUUUCAAUGACAAUGGUGUAUUGAGUCAAUUUUGAAGGAGCUAGAUAUGGCAGAUCGGGUAAAAUGUAUUUAAAAAGUUGUGAGCGAGCGAAGUGAGCACGCAAAUAUUCCCACUUUUUUUAAUUACAAUAUCAAAUUUUGUGAUAGAUUUUGACAUAACAUUUAGAAAAUAAUAUCAUAUUUUACUUUCUAUCUUUCCUUUUAUUUCCUGUCCACUUUUUUUCUUGGUCAUGAUUUUUUUUUUAAUUGAGGGGGGGGGGGAGCAACCUGAGCGCCCGCCCAUCUGUGUGGCUUUGUUCAAAAGGCACCAUAACCUUUGUAGCACAUAAUGAAAGGAUUUGAAUUAAAAAUCCAUGCUCUCCCAUAAUUAGGUUGAAAAAAAAUAAUUUUAGCUUGAAGAAGGAAUAUUCAAAGCUAACAGAGAGCAUAUUAAAAAGAAAUAACAGAAUAAUUCAAGCAAAUAAAUAGAUCUGAUAAUGAAUUUUGACCGAAUGAUUUGAAAAUUAUGGCAAAGAUAAUGAAAAGGUUAAGAGGA